AAAAAAAGUUCAUCAUCUAUUCAUCUCUCUCCUCUCCUUAUCCCUUCCCUUCUCUCCACCAAAACCCCCCCGACCCCGACCCGAGCCGCCCCGCGCUCCUCAGCCUCUCCGCGACUCCUCCCCCGUCCCCGAGCCGCGCCUCCGCCGCUAGGGCAUAACCGCCCGCCGCCUCGGCGGCAUCCGCAUCUCCCGGGGAAGGGAAGGGAGGCGAGGGCGGAUAUGUCGGCGGCGCCGAUACCCCGCGAGUGGGUGGGGCUGCAGCAGUUCCCGGCGGCCACCCAGACCAAGCUGCACGAGCUCCUCGGCAAGCUCAAGGAGGAGGAUGUGAGCACAUUGACAAUUCUGGUGAUGGGUAAGGGCGGGGUGGGGAAGUCGUCCACGGUCAACUCCAUUGUUGGGGAGAGGGUCGCCACUGUUAGCGCCUUCCAGUCUGAGGGUCUCAGGCCGAUGAUGUGCUCUCGCACUAGGGCUGGGUUCACCUUGAACAUUAUUGACACUCCAGGGCUCAUUGAAGGUGGAUACAUCAACGAGCAGGCUGUCGAAAUCAUAAAGAGGUUUCUUCUGGGAAAGACUGUCGAUGUCCUCCUUUAUGUGGAUCGCUUGGAUGCAUACAGAAUGGAUACAUUGGAUGAACAAGUUAUCAGAGCUAUCACCAAUUCAUUUGGAAAAGCCAUUUGGCGAAGAACAUUGGUUGUUUUGACCCAUGCUCAGCUCUCACCACCUGAUGGACUUGAUUAUAACGAUUUCUUUACAAGAAGAUCUGAGUCACUCUUGCGAUACAUUCGUUCCGGUGCAGGAGUCGGCAAACGAGAACAUGGGGAUUUUCCAUUGCCAAUAGCAUUGGUGGAGAACAGUGGAAGGUGCAAAACUAAUGAGCAUGGGGAGAAGGUUCUCCCUGAUGGAACUCCAUGGGUUCCAAACUUGAUGAAAGAGAUUACUACUGUUGUCUCAAAUGGGAGCAAGCCCAUUCAUGUUGAUCAAAAACUAAUAGAUGGUCCAAAUCCCAACAACCGCUGGAAGAUGUUCAUACCGCUCAUCCUUAUGGUGGAGUAUUUUUUUGUGGUAAAAGGUAUCCGAAGGGCUAUUCAGGCUGAUAUAUCAAACGGGAAGCUCGAUGACUGGGAGCAGCGUUACAGAGACUUGGUUGGAAGCAAGGACCCGGUUGAUCAGAAAGGUUCAUCGGCCAUCAAUCGCAAGGCGUGAGCUGAAGAAUGAAAGGGCAUGCUGUUCAUGCAUCGUGGCCCAUUCAAUUCUCCCUGCGUUUCUUUUCGCCCUCCAUUCCAGUGGUCUAUUUCGGAAGCUUUAUAGAGUUCUCUGCGACAAUCUGAGCAAAUUUGCUCGUAUUUUAGUUGCUAAAGUAUGUACCGCAUUUUAUUUUGCUGUCGCAAUUUUGCAAAUGUUGUUGAUCGAAACUUCAGUUAUUUGAGUUUAUUUUUCUAUAA